ACGAAGCGGAACCGGAAAUACACCGGCGAGAUGUCGAAGCGCAGAAUGAAUUAUGUGAGAAUGAAGCAGUCCGUGUAGCUGUUCCAGCUUUUAAUUUGGAGAUUUUUUUGUGUAUAUUUAGCAUAUAUUUUCUAUUUGUUCAUUUGUCCUUUUAAGGGGAGGAUGAGUGUGGAGACGGCGGACCGGGUGGCUGCUGUGACCAGCAGCCGGCCUAGCACGCCUCUUCAGACCUCCUGGUUUGAGUUCCUCCUGGACGGCAGCCUGCUGGAGAACCACCUGCAGAAGUCAUACCCAGACCCGACACCGGUGCAGCUGAUCAUCCAGUUCCUGGAGCAGGCAUCCAAGCCCUCCGUGAACGAGCAGAAUCAAGUGCAGCCUCCAGCAGACAACCGCAGGAACCGCACCCUGAAGCUGCUGGCACUAAAAGUAGCUGCCCACAUGAAGUGGGAUCUGGAUUCUCUUGAGAAAGGUUUGACCAUUCCAGUAUUAAAUAUGUUACUGAAUGAACUGCUGUGUGUGAGCAAAGUGCCACCAGGGGUGAAACAUGUGGACCUGGACCUGUCCACUCUGCCUCCGACCACAGCCAUGGCUGUCAUCAUAUACAACCGCUGGGCCAUCAGAACCAUCGUGCUGAGCAGCUUUCCAGAGAAACAGACCAAACCAGGACCUCACCAGAUGAACAUGUUAAGUAUUGUGCAGCAGGAGAAAGAGAUGACUGACAACAUCCUUACUGUGCUGAAAGAGCAGGCAACGGACUCCAUCAGCGUCCUGGAAGGAGCUCUGCAGCUGAAGAAAGACUUCUACGUUCACACGCUGAGGACUCUGGAUCUGCUGGCUGCUGAUGCUGCUGCCAACGGAGAGACAGAGUCCUCGACCGCAGGGCUUCGCAUCAGUGCCGAUGAGCUGCACUGUCAGGUGCAUUAUGACUUGGGAGGUAUUUUUUUCCAGCAAGGCUGCACAGACCAAACGGCCUAUGAGAACGCCCGGGAUCACUUCAGACAAACAAAGGAACUGUUAACAAAGCUGGACUCAACUGUUCAUGUUCACCUGGAUGAGAAACGCCUGGCUGGCUACUGGAACGCCUGCAAAGCUUUGACUGAAGACUGUGACCCGUCAGACUCCCAGAACACACCCUACAACCAGAUCAACAGCCUGAUCAGGGCACGCAACUACCAGGCUGUCAUCGAAGCCUUUAUCAAAGACAACGUGAGCCGCAGUUUGCCAAACAACUUCAGACGGUCUGUUCUCAGGGAGUUCCUGUACAAAGUGCAACAAGGGGAAUCGACCUUAGAUGAGGUUUGCUACAAGCUGUGUGUUUGCAACGCCGUCCGAGAUGCUUUGGAAGGAGAAGUCCUCAGUGUGCGUUUCCAGCAGCUCCUCCUCAAACCCAGUAAAAAGAUGGUGGACUUCAUUUUAGAGGUAUGCACGCUUUCGCUGGAAAAGGGCCGUCAAUCUGAGACAUCAAGAAGAAACAUGGGUACUUUCAUGAAGACUCUGUGUGAAACCUUGGAAGAGCUGUCUCUGCUUUUUGUGGUGUCGUCUCACAAGCUCUUCAUGGAGCUGUUGAAGGAGGAGGAGAGGAAGGUCCUGGUAGAGCAGCUGAGGAAGAGAUCGACCACGAUCAACCUCAGUGCCAAGCCUCUGCCUUCCUUCUAUGACAUUCCAGCAUCAGCGAGUGUGAACAUUGGGCAGCUGGAGCAGCAGCUCAUCCUGUUACUGGAGCCACGCAGGAUCAGACAGAUCCUCGUGGAACUCCACGGCAUGGCCGAACGGCCCUUCUGGAAGGUCAACAGUAAGUGGGAAGUUCCUCCAGACUACAUAAACGUGAUCCUCGGCAUUAAAGACAACCUGACAAAGGACCUGGUUUAUAUCCUCAUGGCCAAAGGACUACACUGCAUAUCAAUAAAGGACUUUGCCCAUGCACGGCAGCUUUUCUCAGCCUGCCUGGAGCUUGUUACCGAGUUCUCCCCGAAGCUGAGGCAGGUGAUGCUGAACGAGAUGCUGCUGCUGGAGGUCCGCGCACAUGAGACAAUGGCGGCCGAGGGCAGCAAGGAGCGGCCGCCCUCUGACCUGGUCAGCAGGGUCAGAGGAUACCUGGAGAUGAGGAUUCAUGAUCUGCCUCUGCGUCAGGUGGUAGGAAAGGAGUGUGUCGCUUUCAUGUUGAACUGGAGGGAGAACGAUUACCUGACUCUGCAGGUGCCACCAUCUCUGGUCAUGAACAACCCAUACAUCAAGCUGGGUCAGCUCCUGGCUUCAACGUGCAAAGAGCUCCCAGGUCCUAAAGAGUGUCGGCGCACAGCCAAGGAGCUGUGGGAUGUGGUGGUUCAGAUCUGCAGCGUGUCCAUCCAGCACAAGAGGAACCACGACGGCAGAGUGGGCCUCAUCAAACAGAGAGAGUCCUCCAUGGGCAUCCUGCACCGGAGCAAAUUCAUCACUUUCAUCAAGAAAAUUCGAGAGCCGCUGGUGCUGACAACUCUUAUCUCACUGUUUGUGAGGCUCCACAGCAUAGUGCGGGAUGAUAUUGUAAAUGAAGUGACAGCAGAACACCUCACCAUCUGGCCAUCUACUCUUCCAAACAUACAGGCAGUAGACGUGGAAGCUGUGGCUGUGACGGUCAAAGAGCUGGUGUCCUAUGCCCUCACCCUGAAUCCUAAUAACCAGUCGUGGCUCAUCACACAGGCAGAUAUCUACUUUGUGACCAAUCAAUACUCAGCUGCACUGAACCUUUACCUCCAGGCCGGAGCUGUGUGCUCGGACUUCUUCACCAAAGCUGUUCCCCCUGACGUCUACUCCGACCAGGUCCUGAAGAGGAUGAUCAAGUGCUGUUCAAUGAUGAACUGCCACACUCAGGUUGCUGUUCUCUGUCAGUUUCUUCGAGAGGUGGACUACAUGACGGCAUUUAAAGCUCUUCAAGAACAGAACAGUCACGAUGCCAUGGACUCAUUCUAUGACUACAUCUGGGACGUCACCAUCCUGGAAUACCUCACACAUAUUCACCACAAACGGGGCGAGACUGAGAAGAGACAAAUAGCGAUAAAAGCGAUCGGACAGACAGAGUUGAACACCAGUAACCCAGAGGAAGUGCUGCAGCUAGCUGCACAGAAGAGGAAGAAGAGAUUCCUGCAGGCGAUGGCCAAACUGUAUUUCUAGAAAACAUGUGAACCACUGUUAGACUUUAGGUGGGUGGGAAUGUAUAUUUUAUUUUGUGGUAAAAAAUAAACUUCUAAAAUAAAUACAGUUGCUCAUUUGUACACUUGCAAUCAUUUGAAAUGGAUUAUUUAAAAAAAUAAAUCAUUGACUAUCCAUAGUCCUGAGUUACACAAUGGCUGGUUUACAACAACAUGGCACAGAUCGCUGAGAAACACUGAAGAGUAUAGCCUUUAUUCAGCCACUGCUUUGACGCAUGGCUUUCAUCAGAUUUCAUGAAAAGGUACAUACUUGUACUGAACAGUGUUUCCAAGUUACCUUUUACAGAUUAGCUGACCAGUGAAGUAGCGGCAGUAAACUCAGUUUUCAACAUGCAUUU